AUGGUACAACUUAGAUCCGGGUCAGCAACGAACCCCGAGAACACCAGCGCGGAAACCGUCCCUGUUGCUAACACUCCUCCCAGCGGCAUUAACACGCCGCCUACUAAUCCCAGCAGCACGGAAAUCUCUCCUUCAGGUAUUACACCGCCAAUCACCAGGUCCAGAGUUGCUGCCAUCCCUAACGCUUCUACGCCGCCUACCAAUCCCAGUAACAUAGAAACUGCUCCUUCAGGUGUUACACCACCAGUCACCAGGGCCAGAGAUGCUGCUGCCACCCCUAAUGUUUCAUCAGGUAUGGCGCCUCCGACCAUCACUAGGACUACAGUUACUCCACCAUCAGGACGAGAAACCGGAGGAUCAAGAGGAAGCCGCCCCUACAUCACCAUUGCUGAUUUGAUGGAAAGACAUGAGGUUCUUGCUAGAGCCCAGGCGUACAUGGACUCGACUCAGAAAGAAGUACUUUUCUUUCUCAAGACCCUAAAGGAGCGGCUACCACAGGAGCCACGCCAUCCAGAGUCGACGAGGAACACCUCCAAUACCCCUGGCGUCGGCACCUCAGCAGGGCAUACCUUUGUAGACGAAGAAACGCACGCCAGAACCCCAUUGGAGAGAAAUAAACCGUCCAAUUUCGUCACGCGAGAAGAUUAA